GGCCUGUAGUUCGAAUCGGACCAGAUGAGAUCCACGUGAACGAUCCACAAUACAUCCGGGAAAUCUAUGUCGGGGCAGGGCAAGCUAGGGAUAAGUAUAAGUUUUACACACAACAGUUCGGGGAAGCGUCCUUAACGACAGUUCCCCACGAGCUACACCGAAGCCGGCGGGCUGCGAUAUCUCCAUUCUUUUCUAAACGCUCAGUCUCCAAUCUUGAGUCAGUCAUCACAGGGCUCGCGGAGAGGCUUUGUCUACGCCUCAGUAGCUAUUCCGGGACAGGCCUACCGGUGGUCUUAAAUGAUGCCUUUAGCUGCUUCGCCACAGAUGUCAUUACCGAAUACGCUUUUGCUCGUAGUUACGACUUCCUACAAAACCCUAAUUUCCUCCCGAAUCUUCGCCUUUCCCUUCAGGGCCUGAUGGUUUCGGUCCACUACGUUAAGCAUUUCCCUUGGAUUCUAGGUAUCAUGGAUCUUUUGCCAUUCACCGUCGUCGAAUGGGUCGACCCACGGGUGGCCCGGCUACUCCAAAUGCGCAAGGACGUCAAGGCCCAAGUAGAAGCCCUCGCGACGGGUAAAAAUCAGAACUUUAGAAACAAACACCAUCCGACAAUAUUCCAUGCGCUUCUCAGCAUAAAUGCGCCCGCGAGCGAGAAACUCCCUACUAGACUAUGGCAAGAGGGAUUUCUGGUCAUCGGGGCCGGGACAGAGACCACCGCUUUGAUUCUCUCAACGACGAUGUUUUACCUGAUCGACAAUCCUCGCGCCUACAAUAAGUUAAAGCAAGAGCUGGUGGUUGCGUUUCUUGAUAUCUCGACCCUGCCGACUAUUGCCUACAACGCCGUCAUCCAGGAAGGCCUUCGGCUGGGCGUUGGUGUGGGCUCUCGGCUGCAGCGCAUUUCUCCGACUCACCCGAUGAACAUCGGACACUGGACGAUUCCUUCUGGGACACCAGUAGGUAUGACGAGCAUCCUCGUCCAUAAAAACUCCGAGCUCUUCUACGAGCCACACGAUUUCAUCCCCGAACGCUGGAUUGAGAAUCCGCAGUUGGAUGAAUACCUCCUGAGCUUCUCCAAGGGGUCCAGGCAGUGUGCUGGGAUCACUCUUGCUUACACGGAGCUCCGGAUUGUGUUAGCCACGCUGAUUCGGCGGCUCGACUUUGAACUUUUCCAGACAACGAUCGAGGACGUGGCCAUUGAACAUGACCUUGUUACGGCAAAUGCUAGGCUUGGAUCUCAAGGAGUUAGGGUUCUGGUGAAGUAA